CGCCAGUACUCCUUCCCGUACUCCUUCCAGCCCACGCCCUGCAUCAAAGUGCCCAGCAAGUACACUUACUGAUCCUUAUUCUUAUAUCUGCACUCGCCUUGCACUCGACACUCACCCGCACUCACCGUUCCUCCCUGCUCUUACUACUGACCACCAUGUCUGUCUCCACCCACCGCAUCCGCACCAUCCAUGGCCAGUUCGGCUCCCCGUCACGCCUUGGCUUCUCUGCGCACAAUAUGGAGGCGUCCUGGAACCGCAUCCCCAACGUCAACGUAUGCGGCCCCCGUGCCCGCUCCUACGACUCAGCGCCUGUCGCUCCGAGUCCCCGAACCUCGCCCGCCACCGGACCCUCGUCAAGCGGCUCGACAGGUCUGGGCAUGCGCGUCGGGGUCCCCCUCUCCGUGUCAGCCUCCGGCAGCCGCCCCCGCCGCACGUACGUCUCAUACGGCGUCCCCACCGCCAGCCGCCGUGCGCCCCCACCGCCCCCUGUCCCUGCAGAGCGUACGGCAUCCGCGCUAACCCCAUCCCUCUCCGUUGCCCCCAUCCUCUCGAUACCGGUCGACAUCCCCGUAAUCGAGGACCCGUUCGCCGACACCGCGUACAACGAGGACGCCCCGCUCGUGCCCCUGUCCCCCCCGCCGCCAGCCCGCACGUCCCUCGGCUCCCGCAGCCGGGUCUCCGUGUCGACGUACACCGUGCCGAGCUCAGGCUCUUCGGGUUCCAUGUCGGCGUCCGACCUCAGCACCCCUCCGGGGCUUUCGUCGAGCAUCUCUGCGAAGGACACUCGCGGCCGCCUGGUAGCGAACGUGCUCCUGUCGCGCACGAACGGCCGGCCACUGGGAGUGUACCUCCGCAGACGACUCUCGGGCGAGCAACAGACGUACGUCAAAAGCGGGCUGUCUCAGCUCGUGGCCGCGGCGGCAUGAGACCGGCGAAGCCUGAAGCGAGGGCGGUGUUGGGACGCGCAGACUGAUACAUGGGCGGUCCCGAGCGGUGCGCAUGGGAUCGUAUUUUCCUGGUCAGUUGUCCGUUGGCUGUUGCGAGGCUCUGGUCUUUUUCACGGGCUCGGACGAUACGCUCUUUUCUUCCUUACCCCCCCCCCUCACCCUUCCACUACUCAUCUCGACAUGCGAUUGGUUACUCAUCGUGCAUCGUUCCCGUCCUCGCUGCUGUCUCUUGCAUUGCAUCCCCUCACUCCCUCCGCAUCAUCGGUCAUGCUACCUACACGCUCCCUCCUAAUUGCAUCGCCCACACACACGACUUCCCUCACAACACUGAACAUCCACAUCACGCACUGUAGAACACCACCGUUACGACAAUUGCCUUCUGCGUUUCCUCGUCCCGUCCUCACGAUUUCUCCUUUCCUGGCGUACACUACAAUUCUAGUAUUUAUCCGGUCAUUCAGUCUUGCGUCCGUCAAUCACAAGGGUCUCCCCAUGUACCAUUGGUGCCACUAGUAGAAUGUAAUUCCCGCUCGCCACUGAACAGUACAUGUCCUCCUCUUCCUGCCUCCCCGUCCCAUUGUGUGCCGAGCUUCGAGGUCAUGGGAAGGAAUUCCUACGACACCGAUGCGGAUCGCGAGAGAACGCAGAACAGCGUGUGGCGUUUCCGCACCAACCGCGCCUCCGCGUCCGAGCGCAGCGCGGACGAAGGACGGAAGGACACGACACGACCGCCUUGUCCGGAUCGUCGACGUCCCCUGGCUCGUCCCACCCCUCGAGCUUGGUUCCUGCAUUCUCCGGACGGCCGGAGGGCCUGUUCCCGGUGUUCCGAGCGGCCUGGCAGGAGCAUGUGCUCGCAAGUCGCAACGCCCUGCAGCGACUCGCACGCCCUGCCCCGUGACCGUCGUCGCGCGCGAAUACAGACCUCCCUGCCACCACCUUGAUCAUAUAUGUACAUACGGUAUACUCGACUGCACACCUAAGAGCGCCCAACCCGUCUGUAUCCGCUUCACUACGGAUACCGUCGACUUCGGAACCGCAGUAUCGGGCACUGGGCUCGGACGGCGUGAGUCCGGGGAGGGUCGGGUGGCGGGGAUUCGGACGUCGGGAAGCACAGAAAGGCGCGGGGCAACAUAAGGGCCUGUUCGGCAAAGAGUUGGAGUUACGAGUCACCGGCAUUUUGUCACGUGGCGGCACUUCCGAGAAUUUCUGCGCGAGUUAGAGUUACAGGAGCGGAGUAUCCGUGAAAUCCGGAGGAGACAAGCGCCCUGAACUCGUACAUGUAUCUAGUAUACCAAUAGCUAUGGCUUAUCAGAUGGGCUCUGCUUCAUCCCUGCUUCACCGUGGUCUACACAAGAGCAGCUGUCAAAAUUUACC